CUCAGUUCCGGCUAGGAAACCUCUAUCAACGAAGAGAAGAAGCUUUCAAUCAAGAAAAAAUGGUGGCUUCUAAUGUGAAAUCAGAGACCAUUGGUCUGAUGGAGAAGAGGAGCGCUAUUGAGGCCCAGAUGGAUGCCAUCAUUUCCCGCCUUUCUCAGCCUGGCGCUCCUGGACUCUCUGGAAAUCUCGUUGACUCUGAGGGGUUUCCUCGAUCAGAUAUUGACAUUCCAGUUAUUCUGUCCGAGAGGCGUCGGCUUACUGAGCUGAGGAAUGACCACACGGAGAUCACAGAAAAGAUCAAUCGGAACAUUCAAGUUUUACAUUCUGUGAAGCCUGCUUCCAGCUUGUCACUUUCUAGGGAUGCAGGGAAUACAGAGGGAUCAAAUGUCACUGUUGCAUCCCCAACCUCAAAUGGUAUUUCUCAGAGCAACUCUUCCACUACCAUGGACGUAGAUGCGAAUGUUAGUAUACCUUUCGCCCUGGUUGAUGAAAUAGUAAAUGCAUCGCCAGCAGCAGACGAUGGAUUACAACUUGGUGAUCAAGUUCUUAAAUUCGGGAACGUCGAGGCUGGUGAUGAUCUGUUGCAUAAGCUAGCCUUUGAAGCCCAGAGUAAUCAAGGUCGUCCAAUACCUGUUGUAGUUAUGAGGCAUGGAUCUACACACAAUUUGACUGUGACGCCCAGAUCAUGGCAAGGCCGGGGCCUUCUUGGAUGCCAUUUUCGGAUGUUGUAGCUCUCUGGCCACAAUCUCAGCCUGUCCUGACGGUUGUUGAUAUAACGGUAGUCACUUCUUCUUUGCUGUUCUACAGGUCCCAUGUGAUACAUGUUUGACAAAUUUAUCUUAAUGUGUCUGGAUUUACAAUCCACCCUUCCCCCUUCUGCUGUCAUUUUGCCUGGAAACUCUAUAGAUUGAAUGAAUAGGAUAAGUUGAACUUUAUGCCACCUUUGGAUGUUAAAAUAUUAGUCAAAUUACAACUUUGGGUUAGAAUUUA